CAUUAAUGCUAGGUUCACAUCUCCACGUUCCUGCGGGCCACGGUUUUGCGCGGGCACGAGAGCCCAUUCAUUUGAAUGGACUCCCCGUGUCUCGGGACUCGCAGGGAAGAAGUCCCUGCAUUCUUUCAAAAACGCAGCCCGCACAGGAACAUCGGUUCCCAGUACGGUUGCGAUUUCCAGUGCGGUCAGCAUGCCAUUAGAAUUAAUGGCACCCACCCGCGGGUCCGCAUUCCUUUGUGUGGGUGGUGUGGCUGCACGUAUUUUUGUGUGAAUCUGCAGCCGCACCACCCGAUUUUAGAACCAAGACUAAGGCUAGGUUCACACCUAUGCAGUUUGUGUUUGAUCCGUUUCUGCAGUGUGUUUUGUGGUGCGUUUUUG